AGUUCUUGCGCCUGCUGCACUUAAAACAUUGUUUCAAGAGAACGUGUGGAACUGCGGGCUUUCAACCUGUUCUAUCUAUAUUAAUCUUGUCGCGAAAGUAUUUCUUGUAAUUCUUUUGUGAUGAUCAACACGGUAGAAAGUAAACAGGACCCAAGCAGCAGACAUUUUGGUUUGAACAAGCUCAAGGCUCGCAGUUCCACGUCUUCGAUCGGGAAGGGGGCUAGGCGUCCGUUUCAGAAAGAACAGCUCACUGCUGUACCCUCACGCCAUAUAUCAAGGAAAGAUCUUUUCUAUAGUCUACAGUCUUCAAGAAAUGGUCAGGGGCUUCACAGAAUAAGAAAGAAACAAGCCCCAAGUCCUAAAUUCCAAGUCAGCAUAAGGAAGAAGGACCUGCUGAAGGAAGAUAGAUUACUGCCUUCGGACAAAACUAACAGCACAAUGCAUCCAGAACAAGUUCAACUAUCACACCCUGUGGAGAAUUUAGUGGAAGAAAAAGUGCUCAAACCUCAAGAAGUUGUGGAAGAUGUAAUCGACAUUGAAGAAGUUGACAAUGGAGAUUUCAAUGGGGCACCCAAGGAAGAACAUAAUGGCAAUGGUGUACACAUGAGAGAAAAUGGUCAUCCUCAACAACAACAACUUGAAACUGGAGAGGAAAAAUCGCAGGCUGAUUCUAAUGGGGCAGAGGCAAAGCCGUCCGUCUUGCGUCUCAAAGGCUCUCGUCGAAACUCCACAAGCAGUCGUUCAUCUUCUGUCUCCUCUGCGCCAUCUUUGAAGCAUCAAACCCCAAUGGCCAUGCAAAUGGAAGUCAGUAUGGAUUAUGAUGAACGCGAUCACAUGGAACCAUUAAUUAUUGAUGGUAAUGCAGAAGAUUUGGAAGUAAGCAUGAGUGCUUCCCAUGAUGAAGCUGAUGAUGGAGCCACUACUGACUCAGAAGCCGUCACUGAGCAGCCCCAUGAUCCUUAUGAAUUUGAUGAAGAUUUUGAACCUGCUUUUGAAACAGAGAUUCUUCACAAGAAAACUAAAUCAUCCAAGUCUGCUAAAGGUUCAAAGGCAGCUAAAUUGUCUCCCAAACCCAAAUCUGGCAAAUCGAAGACACCUCGGACUAAGUCACUCAAACUGAAAGUGACAAAAUCAUCACCCAAGUUGAGUGAAAAACUUCUCGAGGAAAUUGAUGCUGAAAAUUCAGAUACCAAUUCUCUUUACAAGGAUGACACAGAGUCUGAAGACCUUAACAUUAAACCUCAAAAGUCUCCUAAGCGCUCCAAAACUAGUCCAUCUAAACAGGAUGUCGAGGAGAGUGAGGGUGAGGUAAAGGGGGGUGAUGCUGAACAUGUUCCAAGGAGGAGUUCUAGAUCCAGGCACACGCCUCAGAAGUACAACAGCUCUCUGUAUGCUGAUUGGGAUCAUCAACUUCUGUCGGAAGAUCGCAUGAAUAACUCUGAUGCUGUCUACGGAGCAUCUAUUCGCAGUGUAAAGGGCAGACGAUCCCUGCGAAAGUCUCGUAACAUAAGUGUGCUGAACACUUCACUACACAAUGAAUCCUCUCCGUGGGAUAAUGAAUUUAAAGUUUUGACUCCAUGUGGUGGUGGAGUGUCAAUGCACAAUGUACCUGAUGCUGAAAAUAUUGACAUCAGCACACCUCUUAAACGCAAAGUCAUUGAGGAAGAUGAUGAAGUGGAAAAUGAAAGAGGCCAGAAGAAAAUGUGCGUUGAAAAUACGGAGUUCAACUCUUCCACUUCAAGUCACACAUCCAGUUUCUUUUCGGUCAUAACAUCUCCAAUCAUCAUGUUGAAGAACAAGUUAAGAGGAUCGUCUGUGAACAGCAGUACUCCUGUCAGAGAGACCAAACCAGAAGAAAUUGUGGAUCAUGACAUGCCCUCUGAAAUUGAUGUUGACAUUGAACAGGAAUCAAAUGAUAAUGCUCCAGUGAAGGAAGUUGAGUCUCCACUAGAAGGCACAUCAGUGGAAGAAACACCUGAUGUAACUCCAGCCGCUGAAGCACCAGCUGUUGAAGUGGCUCAGGAGUCCAAGAGUUGGUGCUCCAUCAUGUAAUUAUCAAUUAUUGUAGGUUUGCAUUUGCUGACACAUAACACUUGGUAAGUUUUGAUUUGUUAUUUACUUGCUUUGAUCUUAGUCAGUAAGGUAUGUGGGUAAUUAAGACCUUUUCUUGUCUUCUGUGUAUAAUUUGUGUUAUAUGUCAGCAAAUGCAAUCAACAAUUUUCUUCUGUCAGCUUCUUUGAACUUCUGUGUAGUUCGUAGAAGUUGUAGUGGAGUUCAACAUAUAGGUCGAUUUGCUUUUCCCAUCGGUAUUACUGAAUCUUAUGAAAAUUCUAUUUCAAAAAUUACUUGUAUUUUAAUUUUUUGACUAGGUGAAUCAUUAUUUUGGCAACAUUUAUUUGAUUCGCAUGUAUUUGAAUUAGGCUAUAUAUACUAUAUAGCAGCAGUAUGUAGCCUCACCCCCUUCCCCCUGUGCCCAUUUCCCUCUUUAUUUUUAUUUUAUUCUUUUCGGUACAUAUUUCUUUUAUUAUGUAUCUUGUAUUAUGAGACUGAUCACAGUAUUUCCAUUUUAUUUUAGUCCUUCCCAUGACAUAUAGAUAAUUUUGGUGGGACAGUAUUGCGGUACAAUCUGAAUCUUAAUCUUUCUCUUAUUUUAUUGAGAAAUUUGCUGCUGUCUUCAUGUAAACUUUGUUCCCUUUGUUGUAUUUUAAGUAAAUUUUAUGUUGAACUUAAUGUACUUCAAUCUAGCAUUAAAGGAAUGUUUCAUUUUA